AUGAAUAGUUAAAAAAUUUCAAAUCAAGAAAACUAAUUUAAGGGGGAAAUUAAUGAUGAGGAUAAUAAAAAUGAGUAGACGAACUAAGAAGAUACAAAUAACUCAGAAAAUUAUAAAAGAAUAAGUGAAUCUGAAAAAUAGAUGAUAGAAGGAGAAGAAAAUUAAAUGCAUGCAAUUUAAAAAUAAUAAAAUACAGAUAAUCAUGAAGAAAAUGAAGAAAAUGUUAUUAGCAAUUCAGAACUAUGUGAUGAAUCAAAAGAUAAUAAUAAAAGAGAAAAUAUGAAUUUAGAAUAAAAUAAUUCAUAAAUUAAUUAAGCGAAUUGUAAAACUUAAGAAGAGGAAAAUAGGAAUACAAAAUAAUUGGAAGGAAUGUUUAAUGAAGAAUAACAUCAAUAAAGAGAAAAUGAGAAGAAAGGAAAAAUUCAAGAAUAAAAUGAAUAAGUAGAGUAUAACGAUGAUAAAUAAAAGGAAUUUUAGGUUUUAAAUGAAUAUAAGAAAAAUGAAGAAUUGAAUGAAUAAACAGAAAAUUAAGAUUAAAAUUAAAAUGAAUAAAAGUAAAAUGAAGAAUUGAAUGAAUAAAACAGCAAAAACCUUAAAGAUUAAAAUUAAAAUGAAUAAAAGUAAAAUGAAGAAUCAAAUGAACAAGUCGAAAAUUAAGAUUAACAUUAAAAUGAAUAAAAGUAAAAUGAAGAAUUGAAUGAAUAAACAGAAAAUUAAGAUUAAAAUUAAAAUGAAUAAAGGAAUGAUGAAGAAUCAAAUGAACAAGUCGAAAAUUAAGAUUAACAUUAAAAUGAAUAUAAGUAAAAUGAAGAAUCAAAUGAACAAGUCGAAAAUUAAGAUUAACAUUAAAAUGAAUAAAAGUAAAAUGAAGAAUCAAAUGAACAAGUCGAAAAUUAAGAUUAAAAUUAAAAUGAAUAAAAGUAAAAUGAAGAAUUGAAAGAAUAUACAGAAAAUUAAGAUUAACAUUAAAAUGAAUAAAAGUAAAAUGAAGAAUUGAAUGAAUAAACAGAAAAUUAAGAUUAACAUUAAAAUGAAUAAAAUUAGAAAAUUAAGAUUAAAAUUAAAAUGAAUAAAAAGUAAAAUGAAGAAUUGAAUGAAUAAACAGAAAAUUAAGAUUAACAUUAAAAUGAAUAAAGGAAUGAUGAAGAAUCAAAUGAACAAGUCGAAAAUUAAGAUUAACAUUAAAAUGAAUAAAAGUAACAUGAAGAAUCAAAUGAACAAGUAGAAAAUUAAGAUUAACAUUAAAAUGAAUAAAAGUAAAAUGAAGAAUUGAAAGAAUAUACAGAAAAUUAAGAUUAACAUUAAAAUGAAUAAAAGUAAAAUGAAGAAUUGAAUGAAUAAACAGAAAAUUAAGAUUAAAAUUAAAAUGAAUUAAAGUAAAAUGAAGAAUCAAAUGAACAAGUAGAAAAUUAAGAUUAACAUUAAAAUGAAUAAAAGUAAAAUGAAGAAUUGAAUGAAUAAACAGAAAAUUAAGAUUAAAAUUAAAAUGAAUAAAAGUAAAAUGAAGAAUUGAAUGAAUAAACAGAAAAUUAAGAUUAACAUUAAAAUGAAUAAAAGUAAAAUGAAGAAUUGAAUGAAUAAACAGAAAAUUAAGAUUAAAAUUAAAAUGAAUAAAGGAAUGAUGAAGAAUCAAAUGAACAAGUCGAAAAUUAAGAUUAACAUUAAAAUGAAUAAAAGUAACAUGAAGAAUCGAAUGAACAAGCAGAAAAUUAAGAUUAACAUUAAAAUGAAUAAAAGUAAAAUGAAGAAUUGAAUGAAUAAACAGAAAAUUAAGAUUAAAAUUAAAAUGAAUAAAAGUAAAAUGAAGAAUCGAAUGAACAGGUCGAAAAUUAAAAUUAACAUUAAAAUGAAUAAAAGUAAAAUGAAGAAUUGAAUGAAUAAACAGAAAAUUAAGAUUAACAUUAAAAUGAAUAAAAGUAAAAUGAAGAAUCAAAUGAACAAGUCGAAAAUAAAGAUUAACAUUAAAAUGAAUAAAAGUAAAAUGAAGAAUUGAAUGAAUAAACAGAAAAUUAAGAUUAAAAUUAAAAUGAAUUAAAGUAAAAUGAAGAAUCAAAUGAACAAGUCGAAAAUAAAGAUUAACAUUAAAAUGAAUAAAAGUAAAAUGAAGAAUUGAAUGAAUAAACAGAAAAUUAAGAUUAAAAUUAAAAUGAAUAAAAGUAAAAUGAAGAAUCAAAUGAACAAGUCGAAAAUUAAGAUUAACAUUAAAAUGAAUAAAAGUAACAUGAAGAAUCAAUUGAACAAGUCGAAAAUUAAGAUUAACAUUAAAAUGAAUAAAAGUAACAUGAAGAAUCAAAUGAACAAGUCGAAAAUUAAGAUUAACAUUAAAAUGAAUAAAAGUAAAAUGAAGAAUUGAAUGAAUAAAAAUAAAUUUAAAAUUAAAAUUUUAAUUUUAAUGAAUACAAUUAAGUUUAAGAAUCUUAUGAAUAACUAGAGAAUUAAUAUGAUCAUUAAAGUGAAUCCAAGUAAAAUGAAAAAUCAAAUGAAAUAGUAGAAAUAUAACAUUAACAAAUAAAUGAAGAUUAAAAUGAUUAAGUAAUAAAUUCAGAAUUACAAAAAAUUGAAAAUUAAAAUGUAUUAGAAAUUAAUCAAGAUUAACAAUAACAAGCAUAAUCAAAUGCACAAUUUGAGUAUUAAGAUUAGCCUAGUUUCUAAAUUGUAAGUAAUGAUUCCCCAUAGAUUUCAGCAUUUAGUUAAAAUUUAGAAAAUACUUAAUCUAAUUUAAUAGGAACUUUUUCUUAAUAUAAUUAAUCAAAUAUCGAAUAAAAUUUGAAUGUUGAAUAAUUAUUUUUCUUAUUUCUUAAUACACAUGUUUAGGAUUCAAUUUUAAAAGAAAAAAUUAUUUAAUAAUAUUCAGUUCUUCAUUAAGAAAGGUAAUAUGAACAUUAAAGUGCUCUUAAAUCAAAUAAAGAAUAAAUUUAAUCUGAAACAUUAAUUCAAUAAAUUUAAUAUUUAGAAUAAGAGUAAGUAAAUAAUAAACAACUUUAAGAAGAGAUGGGAAAUAAAAUAUAAAGUCUUGAAAAGUUUUUCAAAGAAUAAUUAGAUGUAAAAGAUGCCGAAAUUUCGAAUUUAUAAACGGAUUUAUCUGAUUUGAAAUAAGAAUUGGAUAUGAAGAAAUAGGAUAUAAAUGAAUUAGAAUAAUUUAUAUCUGAAAUGUCUCUUGAAAUAUUUGAGGAAAAAUAUUUAAAUAGGGAAAGUAUAGACAGUCCAAAUUAAUUGCUUACUGAAGUAUUAAGAAAGUUCUAAUAAUUACUAAACUAGUAUCAAACAUCUUUGUAUGAUUUGAUAAAUAAAUUUAAUUUUGACUAAUAUGAAAGUGUGGAAUAAAAUAAUUUGAGUAAAAUAUUAUAUGAGAAAAUGCUAAUUUAGCAAGAGUAAAGAUUUAAUUCAAAAAUAGUUGAAUAGGAUAAAUCAAUUGAUGAAAUAAAUAUCAUAAUAAAAGAAUUAGUUUAGCAAACUAAGACACUAAAAGAUUAAUUACAGAAAAAUUGCUCAUUAUUAAUCAAAGUCAGUUGUGAAAUAUUCAAUGGUUUAUAAAGUUUAAGCAAAUCUAAAAAUUAGAUAGAUAAAAUUAAAGCAAUAACUGAAUCUGUAAAAUCUGAAACUUCACUAUUUUAAAAUAUUGUUCAAAAGUAAUUUGACAUUGAAGAAUCUAAUUUGGGUGAUUAAAAUAAGGUUUUACUUCUUGAAUUAUUUAAAGAAUUAAUUUAAAAAUAGGAGCAAGCUGAAAAGUUUUUGAACAAUUUUAAAAAAUCAAUGUCCUUGAGAAUUUCAUUAAUUAAAGAAAGCGAAUAAAAAGUCCUAAACUAUAUGGCUUAAACAUAAUAAAGUAAUAAUUUUUGA